AUGUCGAAUCUUUCAGCCUUACUUUACAGCCUGCGGCAGCUGGAGUCCCAGCUGCAGAAGGUGAUCGGAGAAGUUCGUGCAGAGGUUGGUGUCUUGGCACACAAUGCCGAGCUGGCCCCGACUCCGGCUGUCGUCCAGGCUGAUGCGGUGCCAGAAGUGCCUCCGGUGUUGAACACCUGCAUCAUGUGCAAUGACAUGGCGCGUGAUCCUUCGCAAGUGGGCAUGGUAAGCACUUCAACGCUGCAUGCAGCUUCACUUCUGAGCCAUGCAGAUGACCGUCCGAAGAUGCAUCUCAACUCUCACUUCAUGGAGCUCUCCCUGACAUCAGGAGGGGCUCUGCAUGCAGCUGGGCUCCAGCCCCGGCAGUCAGCGCUUCGGCGACACACCACGCGAGCCCUUUCCGCCAGGAGUUCAGAAGGAACCAUGUUGGAUUUCGACUCAGCUGCUUGCAGAGUCCUGUCGCCACACUCGCGACCUCGAAUUGCCUGGGACGCCGUCGGAGCAGGUCUCAUCGUGCUGGAUGCAUUGAUCCUGCCGCUCAGCCUUGCGUGGGAUUUUGACGUGUCUCCAGUUCGACGGGAUGAUCUGUUCCUGCAGCUGUAUGCUAUCAUGCACUUGGUAUUUUGGCCUUUGGAUGUUUUCGCUAACUUCAACACUGGAUUCUACCAGAAAGGGGUUCUGAAUCUGAAUCGGCGCAGCAUUGCGAAGAGCUACUUGCAGACGUGGGCCUCAUUCGACGUUGCAGUCGUGGCCGUUGACUGGGUGUCCUGGCUAGCAACGACGGCAUCUGAAGCCAAGACAGACGUCGGCUAUCUCAGAACGCUGCGGACCGCACGCUACCUGCGAGCAUUUCGAAGCAUUCGUGUGCUCCGCAUCGUGAAGAAGGGAAGAAUCAACGUAAUGCUGGAAAACUACGUCAUCGCCAUGGGUCGCCAAUGGCUGAUAUUGGCAUUCAACGUCAUGAAGAUGUUGGCCUGGAUUGGGUUGACAGCUCACCUUCUAGCCUGUGCAUGGUUUGGUGUUGGAAUGCUGUAUGUGGCCACCGGCAAGAGCUGGAUCGACCUCGCCAGUGUCACCGAUUCAUCAGGCCCCAUACAAUACAUCCACGCCUUGGCGUGGAUUGUCCAACCGCCAUCCCCACCAGAGCUCUCUGUGUUAGACCCAGACAGCUUCACAGAGCGACUGGUCUCAAUCUUUCUGGUUGUGGUUACAGUCCUAGUGAUUGGUUCAUCGCUGUCCAUGAUGACGGGAACUUUGCAAGAGAUACGAACCAUCAACAACGAACGGAGUCGGAAGCGCAGGGAGCUUCGCACAUACCUCCAUGCGCAAGCAGCGCCCACUGAGCUCAUAAUGCGAAUCAUGAGCUUCGCGGAUUACAAGUUGGAGCGUCACUCUCCCGUCUCCUUUGACCCGGACCUGAUUUCGCCAUUGCUCAAGGCUGAGUUGGCCAUGUUUCAGAAGGGCCACCUCACGAAUGGCCAUCCGUUAUUCUCCCUGAUUAGAUCAGUCUUUCCGAAAGUGUUUGCCGACAUUUGCUGCAUUCUGGAGAAGCAGCUGUUCUACGAGGGUGAAUCUGUAUUUGUGGUCGGGCUAUUGGCGAAGGGCAUGUACAUCACCAGCCAUGGAAGCUUCUGCGUUCGCGGGGACACCGAGCGAUUCACAGGAGAGUACCAUUUCUUUGCGGAGGCAGCGCUCUUUGCGGAUGCCGUCGUUCACGAUUGCUCGCUGGAUAUUGAGACUUUUGCAGAGGUGUAUUUCGUCUCCGGUAGAAGUAUGGCUUCUAUUCUGAUGAACUCUCCUGCUUGUGCCGCGCUAUGUGUCGAAUAUGCGCGAGAGUUCAUAUCCGUGUAUUCCACAUCUGCAGUUGAAAAGACGAAAAGUGGACCUUCCUCCUCCAGUUGCGGUUGGAGACGUGAUCUGCAGUGCGCCCACAGCGCUAUCCAGACCAACUCCUUCCACGUCCGGCUCUCAGAACGCACAAACUGA